AUGCGGUCUCAGCUCCUUCGCGCCGCCGGGCGCUCCAGAAGGCCGCUGACCUCGACGGCAACUCGAUCCUUCACCUCCUCAGCCAGACGACCCGCCGAAGUCGAACUCACAAUCGAUGGCAAAAAGAUCUCGAUAGAGGCUGGUUCAGCUUUGAUCCAGGCUUGUGAAAAGGCUGGCGUCACGAUCCCUAGAUUUUGUUACCAUGAAAAACUCCUCAUCGCGGGUAACUGUCGUAUGUGCCUUGUCGAAGUCGAACGAGUACCAAAACCCGUCGCAUCAUGCGCAUGGCCCGUCCAACCAGGCAUGGUCGUCAAGACCGAUUCACCCAUGACACAUAAAGCAAGAGAAGGUAUAAUGGAAUUCCUACUCGCCAACCAUCCCCUAGAUUGUCCCAUUUGCGACCAAGGUGGCCAGUGCGAUCUACAGGAUCAAUCAAUGAGAUACGGAGCAGACAGAGGACGGUUUCAUGAAGUAACAGGAAAGCGCGCUGUCGAGGACAAGAACAUUGGACCUCUGGUCAAAACCUCCAUGAACAGAUGUAUUCACUGCACGAGAUGUAUUCGAUUUGCCAACGAAAUUGCCGGAGCGCCAGAACUAGGGUCUACAGGACGAGGGAAUGGAAUGGAGAUUGGCACAUACCUUGAAAAGAACCUUGAUACCGAGUUGUCUGGAAAUGUGGUGGACCUGUGCCCUGUGGGUGCGCUUCUCACCAAGCCAGGCGCGUUCAGCUACCGACCUUGGGAGCUCACCAAAUUUGAAUCCAUCGACGUUUCCAAUGCUAUGGGAGCAAACAUCAGAGUGGACGCAAGAGGAGUGGAAGUCAAGAGAAUCCUGCCUAGAUUGAACGACGAUAUCAACGAAGAGUGGAUCGAUGACAAGCAACGUUUCUCCCUCGAUGGAUUGAAGACGCAGAGAUUGACCACACCUCUUGUCCGGAAAGAUGACAAGUUCUUGCCUGCUACGUGGGAACAGGUUCUGACCGAGAUUGGAUAUGCCUGGCGAACACUGAAGCCGGCCGAGAACGAGUUCAAGGCCAUUGCCGGUCAUCUCACCGAAGUCGAAUCACUGGUCGCAAUGAAGGACCUUGCCAACAGACUCAACUCCGAAAACCUCGCCCUCGACCAGCCCGGUGGCAGCUCUCCCAUCGCUCACGGCAUCGAUGUCCGCCCCAACUAUCUCUUCAAUUCCAAGAUCUUCGGUGUUGAAGACGCAGAUACUAUGCUCAUUAUCGGCAGCAACCCAAGAUGGGAAGCGGCAGUAUUGAACGCCAGGAUCAGAAAGCAAUGGAUGCGAGCACCUCUCGAGAUCGGCUACAUUGGCGAAGACUUCAAGAGCACCUUCAAGUACGACAACCUCGGCAAAGACGCUGCCGCCGUGAAGAAGGCCCUGUCCGGCGACUUCGGCAAGAAAUUGUCCAGCGCGAAGAGGCCCAUGAUCAUCCUCGGCAGUGUUGUUGCGGAGCACCCCGAUGCGGCGGCCAUCUACGAAGCUGUCGGAUCCUUCGUGGACAAAAACCAAGCAAACUUCAACACAGCAGAGUGGCAAGGUUACAACGUGCUACAACGCGCAGCCUCAAGAGCAGGCGCAUACGAAGUCGGUUUCACAACACCUUCCAAAAAGGUCGCAGAAACGAAACCCAAGAUCGUCUGGCUCCUUGGCGCCGAUGAGAUCACCGAGGCAGACAUUCCCAAGGACGCCUUCGUCAUCUACCAAGGCCAUCACGGUGACGCUGGUGCUCAACUAGCAGACGUCGUCCUCCCUGCCGCCGCCUACACUGAGAAAUCAGGCACGUACGUCAACACCGAGGGUCGCGUGCAAAUGACCCGCUCAGCAGUCGCCUUGCCCGGCGCCGCCAGGACGGACUGGAAGAUCAUCCGCGCCGCAUCCGAGUUUCUAGGUGUUGCCCUGCCGUACGACGACCUCGAGGUCCUGAGGGACCGCAUGGAAGAGAUCAGCCCUGCACUUCGACGAUAUGAUGUCCUCGAGCAGAGUGCCCUGUCCAGCCUGAGCAAGGUCCAGCUCGUCGACCACAACAAGGGCGCCAAGCCGACUGGCGAGCCGCUCAAGAAUCCUAUCAAGGACUUUUACCAGACCGAUGUCAUUGCAAGAAGUUCACCGACCAUGGCUCGCUGCUCUGCUGUGCAGGAAACAGGUAACCCUAAGACGAAUUACAUGGCUCCGGGCGGAGGGGAGCCAGGCGGACCCGACCCACAGGUUGCCUAUGGUUAA